GAGAGAGGCGGGGGUAGGUGGGAGGGGGUGAGGAGAGUGGGAAAGGCAGGAGGAGGAGGAAGAAGAAGAAGAAGAAGAGAAAAGAAAAGAAAAGGUUGUGGUCAGCUGGAGGAGAUGGAGAGGAACAGCAACAGGACGGUGGUGGUAACAGGCUUUGGUCCCUUUGGAGAACACACAACCAAUGCAAGCUGGGUUGCUGUGCAGGAAUUACAGAAGCUCGGUCUAGGUGAAGAAGUGGAUCUGUAUGUGUACGAGAUUCCAGUGGAAUAUCAGAAAGUCUUGGAUUUGAUUCCUUCUCUGUGGAAGCGUCAUAAUCCUCAGUUGUUCAUCCAUGUUGGAGUUUCAGGAAUGGCCACCACUGUGACUCUGGAGAAAUGUGGGCACAACCAGGGAUACAAGGGACUGGAUAACCGAUGUUACUGCCCAGACAAUCACUGCUGUGUCCAGGGAGGACCCGACUGCCUCGAGUCUGUCAUAGACAUGGAUGUCGUGUGUAACAAAAUCACUGACCCACAACUGGACGUGGUCAUUUCUGUCUCACAGGAUGCUGGAAGAUACCUCUGUGAUUUUACCUAUUAUACCUCCCUGCACCUGAGCCAUGGAAAAUCAGCUUUCAUUCACGUGCCUCCUCUAGGGAAACCUUACACAGCUGAGCAGCUGGGCCGGGCUCUCCAAACCAUUAUCGGAGUGAUGCUGGGUGUGCUGGAGCACCCCACUGCUAAGAUAAACUGCCAGAUGGGGCACUGAGCGCUCAGGAGUGGGUAUUAGGGCAAGCAGAUCUGAAAUCCAAUGGUUUUGCUCUUUCUGAACUGUUAUCGGAUGCAGCCCUGAUUAUAACUGCUGUUGUAAAAUUCACACGUGGGAGGGGGCAAUUGAGUGGGUCUGGAACCUCGAUAACUGAAGUAUAUUCUCUUUGGGGGUAGGGGGUACUCGUGCAGCAUUUUUAAAGUUCAGGUCCUGAAGAUGCUGAGACGGUACAAAGCCAAGAACACCUCACCUUGGGCUGGUGUACUGAGUGCACAUACACACUGUGAUGCAUUUCAUUCUGCAUUAAUUUUUUAAUACUAUGUUUUAAAAUGAGCCUUUUCUUAUUAAGCAUUUUUAACCCGAGCCUGUGACAGUGGCUAUGUUUUUGAUAUUGUAAGGUUUGUUGGUAAAUCUGUCACAGUUUUACCCCUCUGUUCUCCUCCUACCUUUAUCUCAUUUGCUUUGACCUUGAUAUGUAUCUCUGCCACUUCCAAGCGCAGCCUUUAUUUUACAUGUGCUUUCAGUCUCCUUCUUUAGAACUGUCAGACUCCUGCUCUCCAUCUGUUUAAGUCUCACGGCUUUUCAUUUUCUCUUCCACUUGCUGUCUUGCUAUCCUUCUGUGUUUCUCUCUCGCAUGCUCUCAGCUUUCUCUUGCAUUCUCUUUUAAUCUUUCUGAAGCAGAACAAUUUAUGUUCAAGUCUGUGAAGAGAAAAGACAGAUGAUCACAGCUCAGUUUUGAACAUUCUGCUGAACCUCACCCCAAAGGCUAAAAAAAACACAGCCCCGAGGCUGAAUGCACGUAGGCACUUAGAUGUUAUCACUACUCAAAGAGAACACAUGCUCACAGCAUAUGUAUGCAAUGUUUGCUUUGUACUUAAGUCAGUUUUGACUAGAUUUUGUUUCUUUAAGGUUUGUGCUAAACUAACCUUAGCUUAGAUGGUUUAAUUAGGUUAAGAUAAUUCAAGAAAUGGUAGUUAAUAAGUUAAUGUUACUGUUGUUAAGACCUUAGUUAUUUUGGUGACAGUCCAAGAUUCAUAUGUCUUUUUGUGAGCCUGUUGACACUGGAUUAUCAUUGGACAUCGGUACAGUUCCACUGCCUUUUUGUUUCCUGUGAGAUUUUGGUGCAGAUCUGUUUCUCAGAUAAAUCCAAGGAAACUUGGCAACAUGGGAUCUCCCUGUUCUUAGGGAGCUGCAGCAUGCUGCGAUCAGUGAUCUGGUGAACAGCUCCAUCUGAUUUCUGCAGAGCAAUUGCACUCCCACUGUGUUCUUCAGUCCUGACCUUUCGAGUUUGGUGAUGUUGCGAGGCAGACACCAGGCAGGCAGUUCCAUCCUCGGCCUUGACUCUGCCUUUAGUGGAAAUUAUUCCCAUCCAGAAAAAGAAGGAAAGAACUGCCAGGAGCAUGCCUUUCCACUAACUUCUCUUCACUGAUCCUCCUGCAGCUGUGUGCCAGAAGGGGCACAUGGUUUCAUUACACCUGUAGCCUUUGGAAAUUGGAUUUUGAUGGAGGCUAGAGGCUCUCUUCUGCCUUGGUUAGUAUGUGCUAUGGCUUGGGAAUUGUUGUUCAACUUGCAUGGCAUGUCUCCCUACUGGUGAUGUUAGUGUUGCAUCUUUUACUGGCUCGUGGCUUGUAAUACAAGAAAACAGUGUUGUUACUUUUCUUAUGGAGGGAGUAGCAUUGUGGAGUAAGUCAUGGAGAAGGAGCAGCAUGGGCAUCAAUUGGAUAGAUCUUUCAAACAGCUGACACAGGCAUCAUGGGCCAGUGGGCCUCUCCUUCUCUACCAUAUCCUUCAACAAUUCUAUAAUGCCAUCAGGGAAAGCCACAAGACUGGGCAGGAGGAAGUCAGAUGAGCUUCUGGAGCAGGCAUUGAAACACACCGGUGGAAAGUUGGCUUUACAUGUCUAUAGAAGGGAAGGUAUGUCAUUGGAUUAGCCUCCCAAACCCCUGAUAGGCUGGUUGACAAAUUAAUUCCUUGAAGAUAAAUUUUACUGUGAACUUCUGGGAUGAGUCUCGAUAAUUUGAGUUGGAAUAAUGAACUAUGGCUGUUGAAUGCACAACCCUGGUCAGUAAAGCUAGCGUGCAGAGAAGCUGUCUCACGUGCCCUUAGGAUUUAAAAGCAAGAUUGUUUGUAGAUUUAAUUGUGGCUGGGAGAUUUGAAGGAAGUUCAACAUACUCUACUUUUAGCAUUAGGCAAUGUAAACACUGUACUGUAGGAAUGUAUGUAUCCAAGGGGCAGCAUUUAAUUUUAGAAGUGCACAACUUGGACUUUCGUUGCACCUUUUAACACAGCAAGAUGUCCCAGUGUGCUUCAUGACAACUGUAGAAGCAAAAUGUAACUUUGUGCUGCGCAAAAUUGGUAGCACAGAGCAAGUCCUUUGUUUUAAGGGAUGUCUUAAAGGAGAGGGAGUCGGAGAGGUUUUGGGAGGGAGUAUCAGAGUUAGAGGUCAGGCAACUGUAGGAGUGUUUGUCAAAUGGGACAAAACUAAUUGGGGGGGCACGUGAUUGGAAGAGCACAGUCGUCCUGGUGUUGUGGAGAUUGUCUGUCUGAGGAGUUUAAGGAGCAGGAUUUUUAAAAAAAACUUUCAGGGUUGCUGGGGAGAUGGGAUUUCCCCGCUGUGCACAGAAACUCAACCUUGGAAGCAGUAGGUGAUUCUCACUGACUUUGUCAGAUUUACGAUGCAAGAGCCUUUUAAAAAUGAGCUGUAUCUGAUUUCUAGAUUCAUUUUAAUUAGUGUGAUUAUAACAAUAUUCACCUUCUAAUAUCCACUCCCAGUCUCCAUGAUCACCCAUCCGAUGGACGUGUUCAUGUUCAUAUGCAAAUUUCUUAAAUCUGUCCUGUUAACUUUGAAGGAGAAGAAAGAAAUGAAGGUACAAGGCAAUAUAUACAGGGUGGUGAAGGAUGAUCGUUUUGUACAUGAGAAGAAAAAUGUUGAUUCUGUAAUUUGCUGAUUUUGGAUCUUUAAUGUACAGCGCUGUUUGUGGAUUUGUCAAUUUAAUAACUGGUAUUUUUGCUGGAAUGUUUGGCACGUGGGGGAAGCAUAUCACAGUGAUAUAAGUGCUGCUCUCAGAGUAGCUUUCUGCAUCCUGUGACCUGUCCUAUAUUUUUAAGGAUCAUAGGAAUUAUUUGAGGAAUAAAGACUAAGGUGUAUCUCAUUCACCAUGAUGAGAGUUGCAUGAUGAACAAUAAUGGCAUCAUAUACGGACCAUAGCCUUCAAUUUCUGUCAUUUAUCUCGAUCGAGAAUGCACUGUCUGAGAUAAUAAUGGUAACUUGCAACAGCAUUUAAUAUGUCCUUAAAAACAAAGAAGAAACUUCACUGCCACAGGAGGAGUGAGAUUAAAUUGGUAACUCUUACAUGAGUUAGCAAAGGAGCAAUGGACCCAAUGGGCAACUGUCCUUUUUGAUUUGAUUUUUCUGCCCAGUCCAAAACAGACCCAGGGACAAAGUGAGAGUAUCCCCUCGUGGUCCAAAAGCAUCUGCUCCUCCCAAGCAUGUCUCUUUUCUUGAAUAAAAUUCAACUUAUGCUUAAAAUGGUCAACACAAGCCACUUGCAUCAUCACGCCAGAGAUUUAUUCCAUAGAUUGGUCUGUGUGUGUGAUUUGCUCAUUCACUGAAAUUUUUUUUGUGGUAUCUUCAGACUCAUUCCAAUCUGCAGGUCUACAGGACAGAUGCUGUGGGAUGGAGCUACUGCCUCAACAGAAGCUUGUCAUUUGGACAUCAUUAAUAACAUUUCCACACUAGGAAUAAUCAAACUUCCAUUUACCUUUUGCUUCACUCUGACUCGGGUAUUAAUUAGGUAUUUUUUGAGGGGAAGACUCUGUAUUUGAAUGACGUUCAGCCAGUUUGAGUGCAACAGGGUCCUGCAAAGAAAAUUCUGAAUGUUGUUUAGGCGAUGCGUAUUGGGUAGGACACUAGGAAAUUCUCCACUGCUGGUCCUCUAAUUGUAACGACGAGUCCUUCUAUCUUCACCUAGGAGGGCACUGCAGGGAAGCGUCAGCUGUGACCAUGUCCUUGAGACUCUGGAUUGGGGCUUGAAUUUUAGGCUGACUUGGCAAAAGCCAGUGCUGAGUGGGUUGAUUGUGCAUCAGCUGGACUCGGUGGUGAUGGACAGGAGGUUUGAGUUUCACGUGCUCUUGAACACUGCACCAAGGUUGACAUUAUCGUACAGUACUGAGGGAGCACGAGUUUGAGAUGUGGAGUCGUGACCCUGUCUGACUCAUCAGUGACUUGACAUGCUAAAGAUCCUAUGGCCCUUUUCUGAAACAUUGAGUGCUCUCAGCAUCCUGACCAACAUUUGUCAAUCAUUGCUACCAGCCAGUCUUAAGUUCAUUUAUUCAUUGGUCGUUAUGGAGCCUUACCUUGAAUGAAAUAGUAGCUAGCUUACCUACAAAACAACUGGUUAUAUCUUGAAGCAGUUUUAUCUACCUGAUGUGCUUUUGAGAAUCUAGUGUCGUAUAAAUUCAAGUUGUUUUUCUUCCCAGGUUUGGGAAGCAUUCUGUGUCAAUUUACUGCUGUUAGGUGUUGGGUUAGAAGUCUGUAAACUAAGUGCACUUUUCUAGCUGAUGGCACUAAGCAGCAGUAAGCCAUCCUUUUGGACCAGCUUCAAACCUUCCGUCCCUGAGGUGAAAAGAACCCCAUCUCAGAACUAUCCAGUCCCUUCUCACCUGAAACAUUUCAACCAAUCAGUAAACAGCAUUUUGUACCGAGAAUUAAACUGUUGCCAGAGGUGAGCUGUCAGGUGAGAUAUUGAUGUGUCACUUACUGAGUUUCAGGGAAAGUCUGUUUUUUUUUGUAUUUCAGUAUAGUGAGACUUGAUUGAAUGUUCAAGACUCUAUAUGCAGGAUACUGCUGAGAUUUAAUUGAGGGAUGACUCCAAGGUUGGUUUUUACAGAAAGACAGAGGUGGUGGAGUGUUGAGGUGUUACGAAAAUUCAGGAGAGACAACAAGGAAUUAUUCCAACACAGUAUGGAGGCAUGAGUGUGCAUGGGACAGAAGAGAUAUUUAGAAUGACAGAGGAGAUGAAAAUCCACGGGUAUGCUGUCUGUCGUGACUGAGUCUCACGGUGGUGGGUGAAUGAGUUUGUGCGGUCAUUCGGUACUGAGCCAGAGGUGAGCUGUCAGGUGAGAUAUUGAUUGUCUGGUCCUUGAUGGUGAGGUGUCUCAAAAUCAGAGAGGCAUUGAGCCUUGUGGGACAAGACAUGAACGUUGCCAUGAGAAACAAGAGAGUCUGUCUAACAGAUGAGAGACAAUGUUGGCUCACCUCCCGCUUGUGUUGAUAUUCAGCUGGAAUGAAGCUUGUGUCAAUGUUCAGAAGGGGAAAAAAAAGUUACAGGUAUGUUGGUGAAGGAGUGGAGCAGGUAGAGCAGACCUCACUGCAAAUUUGUUUUGUCUCGACACAGUUUUCUUAAGACACAAGCAUCUAAGCAGAUAAAUGAGUCUUUUUAAAUAUUGAAUCUGACCUGAAAGCGCUUGUCAAUAUGGGACUAAGCUUGUACCUUUUUCUGUGCUCUGAACAGGGAGCAAACGGGUGUUUCUCUCAGUAAUGUCACCUCUCAACUUGAGGUCAAAUCGUUACUCAGGGUUCCAUUUCUUGCUCUCCUGGCCGUCAAGUCCAAGCCAUGAGCAGUAAGACUGUCAUUCUGCUGCAUUGAAGGGUCAGGCCUCUUUAGGAGGCUUAACCUGGUAUCUCAGAUUCUCAACAGGGAGAAACUGGUUGUAAUUUGACUUUAACUGGUGGUUCUGGCCUGAAAGGAGCAUGAAGUGGAAAUGUCUUUGAGGAACCAGUAGAAGCAAAAAAUUGAUCAGACAGUGGAAGUUUGUCUAUAACCCCAAGCUGUACCUUCCCUUUGUUUAGGGCCAUUGUGGAGGCAUUUGUUCUGCCUGACCGCAUACUGUACCACCCCGGGUGUGGCUAAUGAGCACAGUUUAAAUGGAGCUUUACUCUGUUCUAACAUCAAAACUGGAGGUAUCCACCUUGCAGCUCAACAGCCUCCAACAGACACUGGGUAAUGAGGGAAGUAAAUAAAGCUGACGUUAAACCAGUUUGGAGGUCAGUGGGAUGCACUUUGACCAGUUUAUACAAUCUGAGAAUCUACAGCGCAGAAUGUCAUGUUUUCUGACUCUCUGUGGUUAUAGUCAGAAACCAUGUAUGUGUAUGUACAUAUGUUGGAUAAUGAAUACUCUGCCAGUUCUAAUUUGCCCACCUGUCUGGUUUUGUAAUUAUUAGUCUAACAUAUUUCCAAACUAAAAGUGAUUGUGAUGUCAGUGGUGAUGGUUUUUUGCGUUUUAUUGGCAAACUACCAAGUGAUUAAGUGGUAAUCUUGGGUUUGAAGAUAAAUCCUUUAGCCACUUCAGAGAUGUGGUAGUUGGGAGAGACAGCAAAAGCAUAGGAUGGAGAUUUGACAGGCUUUUUUCUUAAAGCUUUUUACAAAUUGAGAGAAACUAUUUCCUUCGAUGGGAAAUUGGUGAUAAGGUCUUCAAUUGAAAAUUGUUGUGGAGAGCAGGCUGAAGUGGGGAAAUUUCAGUGCAGUGGGUUUGAUGUUAUCCCAUAGGGAAUGAUUGAAACAGAGAUUGGCUUGUUGAGAGAAGAGAAUAAUUGGAGCAGAGAAAAGGAGCACAGAUCUUCAGUAGGUUUGGACUGUUCUAGAGCCAGUGUCGAUGUUUGAUGGACUGAAAUGUGUGUGGUAUGUGUUGCAAUGUCUGACAUGCAUUUGAGAACAUUUCCUUUGUUUAUUAUAGCAGAAUUGUGGAUACAUUCUGUUAAAACAUGCAAAAAGUUUCCAAAUUAGUUUGGCUGUCUAACGUAUCAGAAGGUUUGUGGGUUUAUGCCUUUCUCGGGGAUUUGAGCUCCUGACCCAGGCGAGUCCUUGCAUGGAGUACCCAAGGCUUUUAGCAUUUGCAGAAGGGCCACGUUUCAGAUCAGCUCCCACAUGACAAAUUGAAGCUGUUUUUGGGGCCUUGCUGAUCACAGUAUCCCAGUCACGUCUGCUUCAACAAGUUUCCUUGCGGGAAAAUAAGGUGCUGCUUUCCGUUCAGGACUUGUGAACAGCAUGAAUUAUAAGCUUUUAGGGUGCUGCCAUUUGUCACAUUUAGAAAAAUUCCCAGAGUUCAGUCAGUUCAUUUCAUAAUGGUACAGUUAGGAUCUGAAACAGAAACAGAAAUUCAGAGCUCGCCGUUCUAAAGAGGUCACUGGACCUGAAAGCGUUAACUCUGAUUUCUCUCCACAGAUGCUGCCAGACCUGCUGAGCUUCUCCAGCAAUCUCUGUUUUUGUUUCUGAUUGACAGCAUCCGCAGUUACUUUGGUUCUUAUACAGUUAGGAUCUGCUCUGGUAGUCAGUAGACCUCUAGAAACAUGAAUUGGAGUCUGUUGCAUAAAUUCCAAUUCUCAAACUUGUAACUUCCGUGAUCCCUAAUAAAAGGUGCAUUUCUUCUGAAAAUAUCAGGAAUUAUCGUCGUUAACCUUGAGAAAUUAUUUAGGUCUUUGUUUCCUAAAAGCAAAUAAGUUGGAGGGAAUGACAAAUAGGUUUUAUUGGAGAAAACAACUUAUUCAAAUACUAAUGUGUUAGAAAUGUGAAGAUUCUGUUCUGAAAAUAAAAAUCAGUUUUUGAAUAGAA